GGUGCCCGCGGCGCGCCACGCGCGUAACGACGAGUAAGUCUGUACAUAGAUGAAUGAAGACGUCGAGAGGCUUUUGUGAAAGGAAGGGGAGCGCGUCACAGAAGCAGUUCGUCCUGCAGGGAUCCCUCAGUGCUCGUGUCCACAGCGGCACAUGUGUGCGGGUCCAUGUCGCCGCCGGACGCGCAUCCAAGUCCACGGAUGAGAGGGACCGGGAGGCAGCAGAAUGCUUGUGGCGGGCGCGAGUAACGGAACCAUGAGGUCGUCGUUCAUGGUGGAGGACGGAGCCGGAGCCGGUGCCGGUGCCGGCGCAGACCCCGCGGGCUCCACCAACAUGAUGAUCUCGGAGGCUCUGGCGCCCCGGCUGCUGAAGAUCGCGCAGGGCGCCGCGGAGGCUGCGGCUGCUGCGGCGGCGGCGGCGGCGGCGACGUCUCCGUCCGCCUCCAGUCAACCGCAGGUCAUGGAGACGAACGGGACCCGGUGCGGCGAGCAGAUCCUGAGCUACGGCCGCGUGGAGAAGGUCCUGAUCGGCGCGGUGCUCACCAUGCUCACGCUGUCCACCAUCUGCGGGAACCUGCUGGUGGUCAUCUCCGUGUGCUUCGUGAAGAAGCUGCGUCAACCGUCCAACUACCUGAUCGUGUCUCUGGCCGUGGCCGACCUGUCGGUGGCCCUGGCCGUGAUGCCCUUCGUCAGCAUCACGGACCUGAUCGGGGGCCAGUGGGUCUUCGGACAGUUCUUCUGCAACGUCUUCAUCGCCAUGGACGUGAUGUGCUGCACCGCGUCCAUCAUGACCCUGUGCGUGAUCAGCAUCGACAGGUAUUUGGGAAUCACAAAACCGCUGACCUAUCCCGUCCGGCAGAACGGCUGCUGCAUGGCCAAGAUGAUCGUGUCGGUGUGGCUGCUCUCGGCCUCCAUCACCCUCCCGCCGCUGUUCGGCUGGGCGCAGAACGUCAACGACGGCAGCGUUUGCCUCAUCAGCCAGGACUUCGGCUACACCGUCUACUCCACCGCCGUGGCGUUCUACAUCCCCAUGUCCGUGAUGCUGAUCAUGUACCACCGGAUUUUCCGAGCCGCCAAACUCAGCGCGGCCAAGCACACCAUCACCGGCUUCCCCAGGGAGGGGGAGCACGCUGCAGGGGCGGCUCCACGGGCGGGCAGAGGGGGCCACCAGCUCCACCAGCCGGCGGAAUCCGGAGAGACGGCGAGCGUGGAAGCGACGGAGGAAGGGGAGGAGAGCUUGGACUGCGCGGCGGCGGCGCUCAAGCUCCAGCGGGAGGUGGAGGAGGAGUGCGGCACGCGCGUCUCCCGCCUCCUCAAGAGCGGCGAGCACCACCAACGCCGCAAGAGGAAGAACCAGUCCAUCUUCAAGCGGGAGCAGAAGGCCGCGGCCACGCUGGGCAUCGUGGUCGGCUGCUUCGCCUUCUGCUGGCUGCCGUUCUUCCUGGUGUCCACGGCGCGGCCGUUCGUCUGCGGCGUGGAGUGCAGCUGCGUACCGCUCUGGCUGGAGAGGACGCUGCUGUGGCUCGGCUACGCCAACUCCCUCAUCAACCCCUUCAUCUACGCGUUCUUCAACCGCGACCUGAGGACCACCUACAGCAACCUGCUGCGCUGCCGCUACAGGAACAUCAAUCGGAAGCUGUCGGCGGCCGGCAUGCACGAGGCGCUGAAGCUGGUGGAGAAGCCGGACGCUGACGUGUAGCGCCGCGGACCGGGGCCAAUCGGCGCUGCCGCAGGAGACACCACCAUGCAGAGACGACCACCGGGGGAAACAGCCGGUGGGGCUCAGACUGUGGCGACGCUGUCGGACCGGCGAUUCCCUCGAACGUGACGGUCGAGGGCGAGAGGAGGCAGGGCGCUGUGAUUGACUGGACGCACUUGAAGGCACUCAGAAGACGCCCAUGGGCCUCAAGCUGCACAUCUUUUACUGUGAGGAUUGUGGGAAAUGGUGUGGAAGUUCAACUUGCUGGCGACGAUUUCACGCUGUCUGGACGGAGGACUUCAGCGCACGAGAAGUUCACUCUCUGACUUUACACUCGGCUGCCGCAGCGGAUGGAUUUAGAGAAGAACUUGCCCUCACAAAAGGAGAAGAAAAAAGAAGAUGGAGUUCUCGGAGCUCGAUUGAUCCACUAAAACGCCAAAUGUUUUUCAGCUCGUGUCCACGGUUUAUCACGCGGCCCUCAGAACACGAGUCACGAUUAAAACACGUCUGAUAUGUAAAUAUUGUCGAACGCGCCUGAUGUCAGAGGUCAAAGCGUCCGAUCGACCUGGUGUCAGUUCAUAACUUUUACUCUUUUUGUUGAAAUGUGUCGAAACUCGCUCCUGUUGCCUCUUCGCAGGUUCUCGCUGCGACUUCACCGAAAAGCCCCCCGAUGAAUCCAACUUCAGUUCGAGCUCUGUCUUGUAUUUUCAAACGUGACACUUAAUAAGUUCUGUGUGAACACAAGCUGACGACAUUUUCACCUUUUGUUCUCCGACCUGAAAUAUCUAUUUUAUUUGGUUGCCGCCAAUUGUCUAAACAAGACAAACAGAGGUCAUGUGACCGCGGUAUGUUUUGUAGCCAAACAUCAGAUUUUUACUUCUGUCGAUUGUAAAUAAAGAUGGACGACGUGACAGCUCGCCCCCUGGUGUCUGGCUGCAGUAUAGGUCAUGAUCCCCGCUAUUUGACGGUAUAAAAACCGGCUGAGACGUCAUGAUUGACAGCUGACACUGACUCAGGAUUGGUCGAGAGCGUGUGUGGGCGGGGCUGUGACACCACGGCUCCACUCCAGGAUCAUUACAUCACAGACUCUGACUCCACAUGACGUCACCAGCGAAAGAUGGCGGCUCCUGACCAAGAGGAAGAGACGUGACUUCAUCUUUAUAUACACUCGCUGAUCGUCUUUAUAUACAGUCGCUGAUCGUCUUUAUAUACAGUCGCUGAUCGUCUUUAUAUACAGUCGCUGAUCGUCUUUAUAUA